UUUUCUCCAUUCUUGUUUGUCCAUAUACUUCUUCUUCUUCUUUUUUACAUUCCUCAUUGUCUGCUUCCAGGAGCUUCUGUACAAUGACAGCAUCAAUGGCGACAGCCUCGAAAACGACAACGUUUCGCAUCUUCGCCGCCGCUGCUGCUGUCAUCGUUGUUCUUUGUUCUUGCUUCGUUGAAUCUGAAGCUAAGUACUCGACGAACAAGAGAAGGUACGGUGUGUAUCAUUACCGGGUUAUUGUGGAUCCAUCCGGACAUGGGAAUUUCACGACGAUACAAAAAGCCAUCGAUUCUGUCCCUCUGAACAAUAAUCAUUGGUUCUUCAUCGACGUCAAAGCAGGAAUCUACAGAGAGAAAAUCAAGAUCCCAUAUGAGAAACCCUUCAUAGUUCUCAUCGGCGCCGGAAAAAGAUUGACGAGAGUUGAAUGGGACGAUCACUUCUCGCUCGCUCAGAGCCCCACUUUCUCUUCUCUCGCCGACAACACCGUCGUCAAAAGCAUGACCUUCGCCAACACGUAUAACAGACCGCAUAAAGGGAAGAACAAGAACCCUAGGGUUCCGGCGGUUGCAGCGAUGAUCGGCGGCGACAAGUCGGCGUUUUACGCAGUUGGCUUCGACGGUCUUCAGGACACGCUAUGGGACAGUGAAGGCCGACAUUAUUUCCACCGUUGCACCAUCCAAGGAGCCGUGGAUUUCAUCUUUGGCAAUGGUCAAUCCAUUUACCAGGAUUGUGUGGUUCAAGUGCUGGGAGGGGAGUUAGAGCCAGGGCUGACGGGAUACAUAACGGCGCAAGGAAGAACGAACCCUAACGACGGGAACGGAUUCGUGUUCAAGGACAGUCUGGUCUUUGGAACGGGCAUGGCUUUCUUGGGCAGACCUUGGCGAGGUUACUCUCGAGUCGUCUUCUUUCGGACCAACCUCACCGACGUUGUCGUCCCCGAGGGUUGGGAUGCUUGGAACUUUGUCGGCCGCGAGCAGCAACUAACGUACUCGGAGUACGGAUGCUUCGGGAGUGGAUCGGACACAUCGAGAAGAGUGAAGUGGGAGAAGAAACUCGACGGAGUUGCACUCCGGACCUUGUCCGAUGAAGACUUCAUCAAUCGUGACAAUUGGCUCGACCAAUUGCCCAUCCCCUUCUAUUAAUUAAUGAUUUUUCUCCGCCUUCUCCCUCCAUAUAUACAUACAUAUGUGUAAUUUGUACCCAUUUAAUUAAUCUAGUUAAUAAGAUUUAAUUUUCU